AUGGCCGUUUCCCAUUCGGCUAAUGUCAAUGGGUUAACACCAUCACUCCCAUCAGAUCAAUUAAAUCCUAUAAACAAGAUUCCCCCCACUCAAACUGAUAUCUUCAAUGCCAGCUCCGUGGCUGAGAUCAAGGCCGCUUUAUCCCGCCUCCACAGUCAAGAAGCGUCUGUGACUGCUCGCCUCGAUGCCCUGGUAACCUCACAAAAAGAUCUCUCUCGAGAAUUGGGUCGGUUAGAUCUACUGCGGGCGAAUAUAGGAACCCAAACAACCGCCACACGGUCCAUCAGCCAUGGGAUGCUCCGCGAGGCCGCCGGGACUGCCGAACGCAUCUCUCAUGCAGUGCGCCGACUGGAUCUGGAACAAGCUCAUGUGAAAACAACCUUGGAAGUGGUAGAACAGGUGGCCGAGCUCAAGGCGUGUGCAUUGGGCGUUGUGGGGUCAAUGGGUGCCUCUCAGGAUUGGGAAACGGCCGCCAACUAUCUGCACCGCGCUGCACAGAUUCCACGAUCUGUGAUCAAUGGAGCGUUUGCAGCUGAAAUGAUCCCAACAGCCGAAGUGCCGGAUCCCCCAAUGGUGACAUUCGACAACGCAGCAGAGUCGCUAUGCGGACUAUUCUUGCGCGAAUUUGACAAGGCAGUGAAGGAUAAUGACGGGGCCAAGAUCACGCGAUUCUUCAAGCUCUUCCCGCUAAUCGGUCGAUCGGAGGUUGGAUUGGAUGUAUACGGUCGUUAUGUCUGCCAAGGCGUGGCGGCACGGGCCCGGGGUAAUCUUAAUGCCGGUACAGGGGCCCAAGCUAAGGAUGGGUUCUUCUACGCCAAUGCCUUGACCAAGCUGUUUGAACAUAUCGCUCAGAUUAUCGAUGGGCACGGAGGCCUGGUGGAGCGACACUACGGGCCGCGAAAGAUGGGCCGUGUCAUCGAACGUCUACAGAUUGAGGCUGACGUGCAAGGUGGAAUCAUCUUGGACACUUGGAGUGAUGAGCGUCAGGUGGACCGCAAGCUAAUAGAUAUCAAGUCGUACGCAUUUACUUUCUUGGUACAAAGCUUCCUUCCGGCUCAGCGGUCCGGCCAGCCACUCGCUCAAUCACAGGCACCAGGAAUCGAGGACGAGGGAGUGGACAUGAAGGAGAUCGACGGUGUGCUGAACGAAAUGGCAAUCAUGCUCGGCCGUUGGUCCCUUUACUGUCGCUUCUUGACGGACACUUGCAAUCCUCCCACUGAACAUGAGAGUAAGGAUGAUGAAACUAGAUUUAAACUUCCUGCCUUUUUGCAGGAAUCUUCUCUGGCACGCAAGGCCAACGACCGGUUGGUCACACCUUUCAACGUAAUGACAACUUUCUUCUUCCGGAGAUCCGUAGAGAAGGCUUUCCAACUGGACGAGUCACCAUCGGGCUUGAGUCUGAACCUGCAACGACCUCUCAAAGCGGAUCCUCCCCAUAUGACUUCUGCUGUCGACGACAUCAUGUACAUUGUCAAUAAGGUUCUGCAACAAUCUCUAGCGACUUCGCAAGAGGCUGUAGUGACGAAUGUUGUACCUACUCUCUCUCGCGUACUGGGAUCUGAUUUCAUCGGCAUGACCCAACGCAAGAUGCGUGACGAAUGCUAUCCGCGCGCACCAUCUCAAGGUGCCCAGCCUCCGGAGCAGACUCUAAUCUCCUUCCUGGUUCAAAUAAACAAUCUUGACAUAGCAGUGGAUUACAUCCGACGCAUUGUGCAGAACAACACCGGCUCAAAGCAACCUAUCUCCUCCUCGAACGAGAGCGAUCAUAACGACGCCAACCUGGUCACAGAGCAUCUCCUCUCGCUCUUCCCAUCUCCAACCUCUGCUCUCCGCGUCGCGCAGACGCUCCGAUCACUUGCAACAUCCUUCGAAGGCAAAGUGACAGACCUGCUCACAGACGGAAUCCAAGUCGUAUUCAACAAUGCAAUUAAGCACCGUCUCAGGCCGAUCCUCGCAGACGCUUUCCGAGAUAUCGAGUACCAACCGUCCUCGGACAGCGACUCUCCAAUCGACACACACGAUGACUUCGAUCGCAGCAGUAGCAACAGCAAAGAACUAGUGCGGCCACGCUUCGCAGCAGGCUGGACAGAGCUACUCGUCCCACUCGCGCGAAUUCUAACCCAGCAAGCAUUCGACCGUCUCCUAACCGUCACGAUUGCCUAUUUCUCCCGCCUCCUAGAAAAAAGACUCUGGUCUUACCAGGGCCGAGUCAACCCUCUCGGUGCAGCUCGUCUAGAGCGCGAUAUUGCAGGUAUUGUGGGUGUGGCCGUCGAUGUGGGAUAUGGAUCAAGUGCUCCUGGUCGCUACCGUCACCGGGAAGCGCUUGCCCGCUGUGUACAAAUGACCCUGGUCAUGGGUAUGGACGAUGAUGAGUGGGAAGAGGUUUUACGUGAUGGUGAAGCUGUGGAAGUAGUUGACAAGCUGAGUCGCGAGGAAAGAGUCCGAGUGCGGGCGAUGGUCAGACAAUGA